GACCCGCCCCAUUCAUCGCGGCUGUGACGGGCCGGGCCCGCCGGAGCGCCCGCACAGCGCCGGGAGCGAGCCCGGGGGCAGCGCCAGCGGAGCGGGACGGCACUCGCACCCGCCAGGCGCCCGUGACAGGGCGGGUCGGAGCGCGGGCCGGUGCCGCCGGCGCAGCGGACAUGGCCACCAUGGAGAAGCUGACGAAGGCCUUCGAGUCGCUGCGCUCCUUCCAGCAGCAGCAGGGCCCCGCUGCCCUCCCCGAGGAGCCGCUGCAGAGACCAAAGAAAGAACUUGCAGCUACCAAGAAAGAUCGGGUGAAUCAUUGUCUAACAAUAUGUGAAAACAUAGUUGCUCAGUCACUAAGGAAUUCCCCAGAAUUUCAGAAGCUGCUGGGCAUUGCUAUGGAACUCUUUCUCCUCUGCAGUGAGGAUGCAGAAUCUGAUGUCCGGAUGGUUGCAGAUGAAUGCCUUAAUAAAGUUAUUAAAGCUUUGAUGGAUUCCAAUCUUCCCAGGUUGCAGUUAGAACUGUAUAAAGAGAUUAAAAAGAAUGGUGCUUCAAGAAGUCUGCGUGCUGCACUCUGGAGAUUUGCUGAGCUUGCCCAUCUAGUUCGGCCUCAGAAGUGCAGGCCAUACCUGGUGAACCUUUUGCCCUGUCUGACACGGAUAAGUAAGAGACCUGAGGAAUCCGUACAGGAGACGCUGGCUGCAGCAAUACCCAAAAUCAUGGCAGCCUUUGGCAAUUUUGCAAAUGACAAUGAGAUUAAGGUUUUGUUGAAGGCUUUCAUAGCUAAUCUUAAAUCCAGUUCCCCCACGAUCCGUCGAACAGCAGCAGGAUCAGCAGUGAGCAUCUGUCAACAUUCACGAAGAACACAGUAUUUCUAUGCCUGGUUACUGAAUGUGCUUUUAGGCUUGUUGGUUCCUGUAGAAGAUGAUCGUCCUACUCUUUUAAUUCUGGGUGUUUUACUUACACUAAGGUAUCUCAUACCUUUAUUGCAACAACAAGUAAAAGAUACCAGCCUGAAAGGCAGUUUUGGUGUAACAAGGAAAGAAACAGAGAUUUCACCUUCACCAGAACAACUUAUACAGGUUUAUGAACUGACUCUGCACUAUACCCAGCAUCAGGACCACAAUGUUGUGACUGGAGCUUUAGAGUUGCUCCAGCAGCUCUUCAGAACUCCCCCCCCUGAACUGCUCCAUGCCCUGACCGCCUGCGGGGGCAUUGCUCAGGUCAGUGUGUCCAAAGAUGAUCCUGCCAGCAGGAGCCGCAGUGGGAGCAUCGUGGAACUUAUAGCUGGAGGGGGGUCUUCAUGCAGCCCUGUUCUUGCAAGAAAGCAUAAAGGUAAAGUACUUCUUGGUGAAGAAGAAGGCUUAGAUGAUGAUUCUGAAACCCGAUCUGAUGUCAGCUCUGCAUCAUUUGCAGCUUCUGUGAAGGGUGAGAUAACCAGCGAGCUGGCCUCUUCAUCAGGUGUGUCGACAGCCGGCUCGGCGGGGAGCGCGGCGGCCGAUGCCACGGGACACGACAUCAUCACGGAGCAGCCCCGUGCCCAGCACACGCUGCAGUCAGACUCCGUGGAGCUGGCAGCCUGUGACCUGACCAGCACAGCUGCUGAAGGGGAGGAGGACGAAGUGCUCAGUCGGAGCUCCAGCCAGAUCAGUGCUGUCCAGUCAGAUGCCACUAUGGAUUUGAAUGAUGGCACGCAGGCUUCCUCGCCAAUUAGUGAUAGCUCUCAGACUACUACAGAAGGUCCAGACUCUGCUGUAACCCCUUCAGACAGUUCUGAAAUUGUUUUGGAGGGUGCUGAGGGACAGUAUUCUGGAAUGCAGAUUGGGCAGCUGCAGGAUGAGGAAGAUGAAGCUGCAAAUAUUCUCCAAGAUGAUUCGUCAGAGUCCUUCAGAAAUUCUUCCCUUGCUCUUCAGCAGUCUCACCUGCUGAAAACCAUGAGCCAUAGCAGGCAGCCCUCUGACAGCAGCGUGGAUCGAUUUACACCGAAAGAAGAUGCAGCAGAUGCUGGUGAUCACGAGAACAAGCCCUCCAGGGUAAAGGGGGACAUUGGGCACUACACUGACAGAGACUGUGCUCCUCUGGUGCACUGCGUCAGGCUGCUGUCAGCCUCCUUCCUGCUCACUGGGGACAAAGGAGCUUUAGUUCCCGAUAGAGAUGUGAGAGUCAGUGUAAAAGCCUUGGCAGUAAGUUGUGUUGGAGCAGCUGUUGCACUUCACCCUGAGUCUUUCUUCAGCAAACUGUAUAAAACACCUCUGGAGGCAAUGGGAGAAGAGUAUGAGGAGCAGUAUGUGUCGGACGUUCUGAACUAUAUUGACCAUGGAGAUCCCCAGAUUAGAGGAGCUACUGCCAUUCUCUGUGGAACAAUUGUCAACUCCAUUCUAAUUAAAUCCCGCUUUGAUGUGGAAAAAUGGCUAAUAAAUGUCAGAAGCUCAACAGGAAAUCUCUUUUCCUUGAUAGACUGCAUACCUCUGUUGCAGAAAACACUGAAAGAUGAAUCCUCUGUUACAUGCAAACUGGCUUGUACAGCUGUGAGGCAUUGCAUCAUGAGCUUAUGCAGUAGCAGUUACAGUGAGCUAGGUUUGCAAUUGAUUGUUGACCUCCUUGCUCUGAAGAACAGCUCAUAUUGGCUUGUAAGGACAGAGCUUCUGGAAACACUUGCAGAAGUAGAUUUUCGGCUAGUCAACUUCUUGGAAGGAAAAACUGAGAGCUUGCACAGAGGUGUUCAUCAUUAUACUGGUCUAUUAAAGCUUCAGGAGAGAGUACUUGAAAAUGUUGUAAUAAGUCUGCUUGGAGAUGAAGAUCCAAGAGUGAGACACGUGGCUGCAGCUUCAUUAAUGAGGCUUGUUCCAAAGCUGUUUUAUAACUGUGAUCAAGGACAGGCUGACCCAGUGGUGGCAGUAGCACGAGACCAAAGCAGUGUCUACCUGAAACUCCUCAUGCAUGAAACACAGCCCCCAUCUCACUUUGCAGUGAGCACUAUCACCAGAGCAUACAGAGGUUACAAUAUGCUGCAGAGUCCAACAGAUGUCACUAUGGAAAACAACCUUUCAAGGGUUAUUGCAGCAAUUUCCCAUGCAUUGACAAUAUCCACUACAAGAGCACUUACAUUUGGCUGCUGUGAAGCUUUGUGUCUUCUCUCCACAACAUUUCCAGUCUGCACCUGGAGUGUGGGAUGGCACUGUGGUGUUUCCCAGCCAAGUUCUUCAGAUGAAGCUCAGAAGGGCUGCACCAUUGGCAUGGCUGGCUUGGUCCUGUCUCUCCUUUCAUCAGCAUGGUUCCCACUGGACCUCUCAGCACAUCAGGAUGCUUUGAUUUUGACUGGAAACUUGCUUGCAGCAAGUGCUCCCAAGUGCUUAAAGAAUCCCUGGAGUACUGAAGAAGAUGCAAACCAAGGUGCUGCAAAGCAGGAGGAGCCCUGGCCAGCUCUGUCAGAUCGAGCUCUGGUCACUUUAGUAGAGCAGCUCUUUUCUCAUCUGCUGAAGGUCAUUAAUAUUUGUGCACAUGUGAUGGAUGAUGUUGCUCCUGGUCCAGCAGUAAAGGCAGCAUUACCUUCUCUCACAAACCCACCUUCUCUUAGUCCUAUUCGGAGAAAGGGGAAGGAGAGGGAGUCUGUGGAACAGGCAUCUGUGCCCAUGAGCCCUAAAAAGAGUGGUGAAGCAAGUCCAGCUUCUAGGCAAACUGAUGCUACAGGACCUGUUCCAACAAGUAAAUCAUCUUCAGUAGGAAGCUUUUAUCAUCUUCCAUCAUACCUGAAGUUAUAUGAUGUCUUGAAAGCAACCCAUGCUAAUUAUAAGGUUACUUUGGAUCUCCAGAACACAAAUGAGAAGUUUGGAUGUUUCUUACGCUCUGCCUUAGAUGUUCUCUCUCAGAUAUUGGAACUUGCUACUCUUCAGGACAUUGGAAAGUGUGUAGAAGAAAUUUUGGGAUAUCUAAAAUCAUGUUUCAACAGAGAGCCAACAAUGGCAACAGUGUGUGUACAGCAGUUAUUGAAAACAUUGUUUGGGACAAAUCUGGCUUCUCAGUAUGAUGGCUUGUCUUCAAACCCCAGCAAAGCUCAAGGCAAAGCUCAGCGCUUGGGCUCCUCCAAUCUGAGGCCUGGUCUCUACCACUAUUGCUUCAUGGCACCCUACACACACUUCACACAGGCCCUUGCUGAUGCCAGUCUGAGGAACAUGGUUCAGGCUGAGCAGGAGCACGAUGCUUCAGGAUGGUUUGAUGUGCUGCAGAAAGUUUCUACACAGCUGAAAACUAACAUUUCCAGUGCAGCAAAACAUCGUGCUGAUAAGAAUGCUAUUCACAAUCACAUUCGUUUAUUUGAACCCCUUGUCAUAAAAGCAUUGAAACAAUACACAACAACAACGUCGGUACAGCUGCAGAGACAAGUUCUAGACUUGCUUGCUCAACUGGUUCAGCUGCGAGUUAACUACUGUCUCCUGGACUCAGAUCAGGUGUUUAUUGGAUUUGUGCUAAAGCAGUUUGAAUACAUUGAAGUAGGACAGUUCAGGGAGUCUGAAGCAAUUAUUCCUAAUAUCUUCUUUUUCCUGGUGUUGCUGUCUUAUGAACGAUAUCAUUCCAAACAAAUAAUUGGAAUUCCCAAGAUCAUUCAGCUGUGUGAUGGUAUCAUGGCCAGUGGGAGGAAAGCUGUUACACAUGCAAUACCAGCUCUGCAACCCAUUGUUCAUGAUCUCUUUGUGUUAAGAGGAACAAAUAAAGCUGAUGCUGGAAAAGAGCUGGAAACUCAGAAGGAGGUUGUAGUGUCAAUGCUGCUGAGACUUAUCCAGUACCACCAGGUGCUAGAAAUGUUCAUCUUGGUAUUGCAACAGUGUCAUAAAGAAAAUGAAGACAAAUGGAAGAGAUUGUCUCGGCAAAUAGCUGACAUCAUUCUCCCAAUGCUUGCAAAACAGCAGAUGCAUAUAGACUCUCAUGAUGCUUUGGGAGUAUUGAACACUUUGUUUGAAAUUUUGGCCCCUUCAUCCCUUCGCCCUGUGGACAUGCUUUUAAGGAGUAUGUUUGUUACUCCUAAAACAAUGGCAUCAGUGAGCACUGUCCAGCUGUGGAUUUCUGGAAUUUUAGCUAUCCUUAGAGUUCUGAUUUCACAGUCAACAGAAGACAUCGUUCUAUCCCGUAUACAAGAGCUUUCCUUCUCACCAUAUUUGAUUUCAUGUCAAGCAAUCAACAGAUUGAGAUGUGGAGAAAAUAACAUGUCCCCACCAGAGGAUCGCACUGAGGUCAAACAGGUGAAAUACCCACCUGAAGAGACAUUUUCCAGAUUCUUACUACAACUGGUUGGCAUUCUACUGGAAGAUAUUGUCACCAAGCAAUUAAAAGUGGACAUGAAUGAGCAGCAACACACUUUCUACUGCCAGGAGCUGGGCACGCUGCUUAUGUGCUUAAUACAUAUCUUCAAAUCAGGGAUGUUUAGAAGAAUCACAGCUGCAGCCACCCGACUUUUUACAGGAGAUGGAUCUGAUGGUAGUUUCUAUACACUUGAGAGUUUGAGUGACCUUGUUCAGUCCAUGAUUCCCACUCAUCCUUCUUUAGUUCUCCUCUGGUGUCACAUCUUGCUUCUUGUCAAUUAUACCAACUACAACUGGUGGUCAGAAGUGCAUCAAACCCCAAAGCGACACAGCCUUUCUACUACUAAAUUGCUUAGCCCUCAUAUAUCUGGAGACAGUGAUGAAUCCGACCUGGAAUCUAAGCGUGGCAUGUGCAAUCGUGAGAUAGUGAGAAGAGGAGCACUCAUUCUCUUCUGUGACUAUGUUUGUCAAAAUCUACAUGAUUCAGAACACCUGACCUGGCUGAUUGUAAAUCAUGUUCAAGACUUGAUUAAUCUGUCCCAUGAGCCUCCAGUACAAGAUUUUAUCAGUGCCAUUCACAGGAAUUCAGCAGCCAGUGGUCUCUUCAUCCAGGCCAUUCAGUCACGCUGUGAGAAUCUUGCAGCUCCCACAACCCUGAAGAAGACCUUGCAGUGCUUGGAGGGAAUCCACCUGAGCCAGUCCGGGGCCGUGCUGACCCUGUACGUGGACAAGCUGCUGUGCACUCCCUUCCGCGUGCUGGCCCGCAUGGUGGACACCCUGGCCUGCCGCCGCGUGGAGAUGCUGCUGGCAGCCACCCUGCAGAACAGCAUUGCUCAGUUACCAGUUGAAGAACUGGAUAGAAUUCAGGAGUACCUUCAAAACAGUGGAUUAGCAGCAAGGCACCAAAGACUCUACUCACUCCUGGAUAGGUUUCGUCUCAUGGUAGCACCAGACACAACCAGUCCCUCACCUCUGGUCACCUCACACCCACUAGAUGGAGAAGACCAACCACCUUUAGAGAAUGUAGUUCUAGACAAAGACUGGUAUGUGUCACUAGUGCGGUCACAGUGUUACAUCAAGUCUGACUCAGCACUUCUAGAAGGAGCAGAGCUGGUGAACAGGAUUCCUCAGCCUGACCUGAACUCCUUCAUGACCAGCAAGGAAUUCAACCUGAGCUUGUUAGCACCCUGUUUAAGCCUUGGCAUGAAUGAGAUCUCAAGGGAGCAGAAGAGCAGCCUCUUUGAAACAGCUCGGAGGGUAACUCUGGACCAUGUGUCUGCUGCUGUACAAAACCUUCCAGCCACCCACCAGGUUUUUCAGCCACUAUUGCCAACUGAGCCAUCAGCCUACUGGAAAAAACUAAGCGAUAUCUUUGGAGAUGAGGUGAUGUAUCAGUCUAUGAUGACACUUUGUCGUGCACUGGCUCAGUAUUUGUUGUUACUCUCAAAACUACCAGCUGGUCUCCGUGUUCCUCCUGACAAAGAGGGUGAUAUCCUGAAAUUCGUAGUGAUGUCAAUAGAGGCACUAUCAUGGCAUUUAGUGCAUGACCAGAUUCCAUUAAGUGUAGAUCUUCAAGCUGGUCUGGAUUGUUGCUGUCUGACACUACAGCAGCCUAGUCUUUGGAAUUUGCUGUCUUCUGCAGCUCAUGUGACAUAUGCUUGCUCCUUAAUUAACUGCAUUAGAUUCAUCAUAGAAGCAGUUGCUGUGGAACCUGGUAAUCAACUUCUGAGUCCUGAAAGAAAGAAUACUUCAAAACCUUUAAGUGAGGGGGAAAUUGAUUCAAAUGUACAAAAAACAAAACACAUUAUUGCAGCAUGUGAAAUGAUAGCUGAGAUGGUGGAAUGCUUACAGACUGUCUUGUCACUGGGGCACAAAAGAAACAGCAGCAUCCCUGCAUUUCUCACUCCUGUCCUCAAGAACAUCAUCAUCAGUUUAGCAAGGCUGCCUCUAGUGAACAGCUACACCAGAGUACCUCCCUUGGUCUGGAAAUUAGGCUGGUCACCAAAGCCUUCAGGUGACUUUGGCACAGUUUUCCCUGAAAUUCCAGUAGAAUUUCUACAAGAAAAGGAAAUCUUUAAGGAGUUCAUCUAUCGUAUUAAUACACUUGGAUGGAUCAGCCGUACUCAGUUUGAAGAGACUUGGGCUACUUUGCUUGGUGUGCUCGUAACUCAGCCCAUUGUCAUGGACCAGGAGGAGAACCAGCAAGAGGAAGAUACAGAGAGGACCCAAAUCAAUGUUCUGGCAGUGCAAGCCAUAACCUCCCUGGUGCUGAGUGCAAUGACCAUACCUGUUGCAGGCAAUCCAGCAGUUAGCUGCCUGGAGCAGCAGCCCCGCAACAAAGCUUUAAAAGCUCUGGACACAAGGUUUGGGAGGAAACUAAGUGUUAUCAGGGGAAUUGUUGAACAGGAAAUCCAGGCAAUGGUGUCUAAGAGAGAUAAUAUUGCUACUCAUCAUUUAUAUCAAGCUUGGGACCCUGUUCCAUCACUUUCACCUGCUACUACAGGUGCUCUUAUCAGCCAUGAAAAACUCUUACUGCAGAUCAAUACUGAACGAGAAAUAGGAGAUAUGGAUUAUAAAUUGGGACAGGUCUCUAUACACUCCAUAUGGUUAGGAAAUAAUAUCACUCCACUGAGAGAAGAAGAGUGGGGUGAGGAUGAAGAAGAUGAGAAUGAUGUACCCGCUCCUUCCUCACCACCAAUCUCUCCUAUUAACACCAGGAAGCACAGGGCUGGUGUAGAUAUCCAUUCUUGUUCUCAGUUCUUGCUUGAGCUGUACAGUCAGUGGAUAUUGCCAUCCAACCCCAGCAAGAGAACACCAGUGAUUUUGAUCAGUGAAGUGGUGCGAUCACUUCUGGCAGUGUCAGACUUAUUUACAGAAAGGAAUCAGUUUGAGAUGAUGUAUACAACACUGACAGAGUUGAGAAAGGUGCAUCCAUCAGAAGAUGAGAUUCUUGUACAGUAUUUGAUACCAGCUACUUGUAAAGCUGCUGCUGUUCUUGGAAUGGAUAAAGCUGUGGCUGAACCAGUAAGUCGACUGCUGGAAUCAACCCUAAGGAGCACCCACAUGCCAAGCCGGAUUGGAGCUCUGCAUGGAAUUCUUUAUAUCCUUGAGUGUGACUUGCUGGACGAGACAGCAAAGCAGCUCAUUCCAAUUAUCAGCGAGUAUCUGCUCUCCAAUUUGAGAGGAGUAGCACAUUGUGUGAACAUCCAUAACCAAGAGCACAUUUUGGUGAUGUGUGCAGCUGCUUUCUAUUUGAUUGAGAAUUACCCACUUGAUGUAGGGCCUGAAUUCUCUGCAGGAAUUAUACAGAUGUGUGGAGUCAUGGUGUCUGGAAGUGAUGAAUCAACACCAUCCAUUAUUUAUCACUGUGUCCUGAGAGGGUUGGAACGACUCCUCCUUUCAGAGCAGCUUUCCAGGCUGGACAGUGAGUCCCUGGUUAAACUGAGUGUUGACAGGGUGAAUGUGCAGAGCCCCCACAGAGCAAUGGCAGCCCUGGGAUUGAUGCUGACUUGCAUGUACACAGGAAAGGAAAAAAUCAGCCCCAGCCGUGUCCCAGAUGCAAAUCCUGGUGCUCCUGACAGUGAAUCUGUGAUUGUUGCUAUGGAACGAGUAUCUGUCCUUUUUGAUAGGAUCAGGAAGGGAUUUCCUUUUGAAGCUCGAGUAGUGGCUCGGAUUCUUCCACAGUUCCUUGAUGAUUUUUUCCCCCCACAAGAUGUAAUGAACAAAGUCAUUGGGGAAUUUCUGUCCAAUCAGCAGCCAUACCCACAAUUCAUGGCAACAGUAGUUUAUAAGGUGUUCCAGACUCUGCAUAGCACUGGGCAGUCCUCCAUGGUCCGUGACUGGGUGAUGCUCUCUCUCUCUAAUUUCACACAAAGAACACCCGUGGCAAUGGCAAUGUGGAGUCUUUCCUGUUUUUUUGUCAGUGCUUCCACCAGUCAAUGGAUUUCAGCAAUUCUUCCACAUAUUAUCAGCAGAAUGGGAAAAUCAGAGCAAGUGGAUGUUAACAUCUUCUGUUUGGUGGCCAUAGACUUCUACCGACACCAGAUCGAUGAAGAGUUGGACCGGAGAGCGUUCCAGUCGGUGUUUGAGGUGGUGGCAUCUCCAGGAACCCCAUACCAUCGCCUACUGACUUGUUUGCAAAAUGUCCACAAGGUCACAGCAUGUUGAACAUCCUGAUGUGUAGUGGAACUGCAUGACUAGUGUUGGAAUAUGAGUUAUGAGGAAUGCAAGAUCAAGAAAAUACCUGGGGUUGCAUUUGUGGUAAAUACGGACCUGUCAGUUUUCCUUCCAGCAUGCAUGGACAAGUGCUCUGCAGCACUGGAAAUCACCUGAAAAGUCAAGUGUAGUUGUUGUUGACACCAAGCACCUCUAAGUGGAAUGAAGUAUGUCAGUGUUUUUCAAGUGAUGUUGGGGACUAAGAAGCCACACAUCCAAGCUGUCAAGUAUGAGCUAGCACCAUGUGCAAGGUAUCUGGUAUUCCUCUUCUUCCCAAUAUGCAGCUGAAGCCACUGUGGUGCAGCCAGUAAGACACUGACAGACUGUUAUUGCAACGUGCAGUCAUUAGCCAACUUCAUAGUUUUAUGUACCUGUAUAUACUGUUGUGUAGUACAGAAUAGAAUUUGUUUCCUGAUGUCUCUCCCAAACAAGGAAAAGAGAAAAUGGCUUUUAUGAUUUACACUUCCAGCAUGUAAUUUCUCUCUCUGGAUUUUCUGAUAUCCAGUGGUGUAUGUGUUGGUGAUACCAGAGAUAUAGUGCACAUACGUAACCACACGUUUUUCUUUUUUCUUCUCAGGAUUUCAAAUUUGAGUACAGUAUAUCAGUGAAAGAAAUUUUAACUUAAAUAUUUCUAUAUUAUGUACAGUAUGUAAAAUUGUAAGAUGUGUGGUGCAUGAGCUGUGCUGUAAUUGGAGAUGAACAAAAGCCAUGCUACUGAAUGUCUUGACAUCUGUAUUGUCCUCAUUUUUUUUCCUCAUUCUUGAAUUCAUGUUCCUUUUGGAAAUCCAUCUUAAUGUACAGAUUACGUCUUGUUUUGCAUCUCACUUUUUCUUAAAGUGCUUUAAAACUGGAAUAUGUUGAUUAAUUUGUCUUGAGAUACUGUACUAAGGAGGCAUUCUUGUGAUCCACUUUACUGUAGCUUCUUUUUAAUUCCUUUAUUUUGAGACAUAAUGGUAAAAAAGAGGACUAGUCACUCUGGAUCAAACUUUAGGUACUUAAGAAACUGCUCUUAUUUGCUGUACAGCAUUUUAAGAGACAAAAUGGUGCAAGCUCCCCAGUAGUCAACAACCAUUUGAUCUUUCCUAACUGAGACCAUGGAGUUAUCUGGACCACUCUCAUUAAACAAGUAUGUGGUAGCAGUAAAGAAUCAGAAGGCUGCUGUGGUCUACUUUGGGACUGGCUAAAGUGUUAGAUUACACAACCUCUUUUAUUACCUGUAGUAUCCAUAAUGCUUUAGUCACAAACAGAAAUAUCCAUGAAUUUCAGGACACUACACAGGGCCAGAUUUAGCUUUUACUCACCACCCAGGGAAUGCCAUUGAUUCCUGAGCUUUACAUGAGGAAAUCUAGCACAGCAUUUGUCUUUAGUUGUGUUUUAAGUCUUUCAUUACAGAGAAUUGAUACCUUGGUUCUCAGUCAGAUCCUACAUUCAACCUCUCUUCAUUUUCUUAUCACACCUUUUGGUGACACUUGGAAAAAUGAGAUAGUGUUGUCAGGAGGAGCAUGUACUGUAUGUAUUUCUGUAUAUAAUGUAUAUGUUGAAAUUAUACACAUGUGACAACAUUUAAUGUAUACAGAUGUGUAUAUUUGUAUUUAUUAAACCCAUGUAUUUAAACUAAUUCCAAUCUAGACCAAAAAUUGUUGCUUCUGCCCGUAAAUUGAUUACAAAGGAAUUGUCCACUGGUGUCUCUUCCUUUUAGAAACUGGUAGAGGAAAUUGAUAGUAUGGGCAGUAGAAACAACUGUAGAUGUUGCUGUAUUUAGCUCUCUACAGGUCUUAUUAUCUAGAGCAAUUAUUUCUGUCCUUAGUUGGGUUACUCUUCUUCCUUGGGCCACUGCACUGUGGUGAUUUUUAAAAGAAACUGAACAGGAUUUCAGAGAAAAAUUUUAAUAAAAUAGAUACUGUUUGAAA